UAAAAAAGCAUUAAAUAUGACUUCUGAGAGCUUUGAAGACCUAAAAAUCACCAAAGAUGAGUUCGAUCGCAUCACCGAAGCCCUCAAACAGGAAGAAUUCCGCAAAUUAUUCGUCGAGUACUGUGAAGAGAUCAGCGAUCCGGAGAAUCGCAAAACCUACGAAGCUGAAAUUAAGCAAUUGGAGUCGCAACGCGGCGUGGAAUGUCAAUUUGUGCAUCCAAAUCCGGGUUUUGUGGUGAAAACGACCAACGGCGAGGAAAAAGUCUUCAUUAAUAUCGCGAAAAAUGAUCUCGUUGAUCGUCCAACGCACGAAAAUGUCUCCGUGGAUGGCAAAACGGGCAUGAAUUGGUCCCUGCCGCUCAUUCAAGCGCCCGUUCGCAAAGACAUGGACAAGAAAAAUCAAUGGUGCAGCGUGUAUGACGUAAUUUUCCAUCCAGAAACACUCCAAAUUGCCGAACGAAGCAGCAAUUUUCGUCAAAUGGUGGUCCAAACGGCACUCGAUGCGGUGUGCAACGCUUACAAAGUCUCACUGGACAAGACAAAUUUGCGAUUUCCACGAAUGGAGUACAAGGGAAUGCCAAAACCGACUGUGAUUCGGAAGAAAAAGGACGACGGAGCCACGGAAGAGGCUGAUAUGGGUCCUUUAAAGGACAUUAUGCCACCAUUGCCCGAGAAAAAACCGAAAAUUGUGCAUAAAAUCCCCGAAAAAGCCGUUCCUGAGUACACAACGCCCAAAUAUUCGAUAAAAUACCGGAAAAAAUUGGAAAUGCACGAGUUCACGGGACAAAUUGAUGCGAAAAUUAACAGUUCCGUGCCGAGUGAGAUGUCGCUCGAGAUCCAUCUGCCACUUUUACGGUCAGCAACUGAAGCAAAGUUGGAUGUUUCGCGCAAUUGCGUCAGUUUGUGCAGCGAAAAGCCGGCAAAAUACCAUUUGGAGGUGAAAUUAUCGUAUGACGUCGAUGAAAAAGCCGGAAAUGCGUGUUUUAACAAAGAAAAACGCCUUUUAACGAUCACUUUGCCAAUAAUCCCGCGAAAAAUUGGCGUUCCAGAGAUAGAAAAGACCCGAAAACCAGCGAUUGAGGUCCUGAAAGAGACGAAAAAUGAAGAAAUUGAUGAAAAAAGUGAUCCUGAACCAAUUGAUGAGGAACCAUUUUUCAUUCCAAACACGAUUUACGAGGUUCCAGACUUCAAAAUUGUCUCGUACGAAGGAAAAAUGAUGAAAAUUUGGCUUGAAACCCCGAACGUUAGUGAAGUUCAAGACCAAAUAAUCGAAGGACAGCUAUUUGUCAAGUACAAAAGUCUCGGAGAAGGAUUUUUCCCGUUGAAUUUUGGGAUUGUUUUUAAUUUUGACGAUUCUCAAGUCGAAAAAUCAACAAAAACUCGAGUUGAUGGACGAUUAAUGCUCGAGUUGGAGUUGAGCAAAAAUGUGGUUGAUACGAAAAUUCUGUACUACGGACUUCCAGGUGUCGCGGAAAUGAAUCGGACUCGCAUCGAAGACCGAUUUGAUCCAAAAUUUUUGGAAAAUUUCAAGGCAACGGAGGUUUUUGAUGAAAAUCCGGUGCCACAAGCCCUUGAAUUUGAAAGUCUUAAACAAAUGACGUUACAGAAAUAA